ACCUGUACAAGGAGGCCAUGAUGGAGGAGCACCAGCCUCUUAUAUCACAAGAAAAUCCCAGUAAGAAAUGUGAAAAUGUCAUGUCACCACUAGAUGAAGAUAUAAUGCAGCGCUCUUCAAGAGAAAACCUCAUUACCCUUAAUGUACAUCCAGGACUUCACAGUACAGAUCUGUCAUAUAAUCCUCCUAAUUAUGAGGAACCUUCUCCUGACCAAUCACAGAUUGUUCCCGCAAGUACAAGUCAGAAAAGGAUUAAAAGGUUUCAUUGUGGUAAAGAAUCCAAAAACAGCACAGGACGUUCUACACACAUGUAUUCAUGUUUAGAAUGUGGGAAAUGUUUCACACAGAAAUCAAAUCUUGUUAUGCAUGAGAGAAUUCACACAGGAGAGAAACCAUAUUCAUGUUCAGAAUGUGGGAACUGUUUUACACAGAAAUCACAUCUUAUUGCACAUAAGAGAUGUCACACAGGAGAGAAAAUGUAUUUAUGUUCAGAAUGUGGGAAAUGUUUUACAGAGAAAUCAAAACUUGUCAUACAUGUGAGAAGUCACACAGGGGAAAAGCCGUAUUCAUGUUCGCAAUGUGGAAAAUGUUUUACAGUGAAAUCAAAUCUUGUUACACAUGAGAGAAUUCACAGUGGGGAAAAGCCAUAUUCAUGUUCAGAAUGUGGGAAACGUUUUUUAGAUAAAUCAAGUCUUCUAAAACAUAGGAGAUGUCACACAGGAGAGAAAGCAUAUACAUGUUCAGAAUGUGGGAAAAGUUUUAGACAAAAAUCAAAUCUUAUUACACAUGAGAGGUGUCACACAGGAGAGAAACCAUAUUUAUGUUCAGAAUGUGGGAAAUGCUUUACAGAUAAAUCAAGUCUUGUUACACAUAAGAGAUGUCACACAGGAGAGAAAGCAUAUACAUGUUCAGAAUGUGGGAAGUGUUUUAGACACAAGUCAUGUCUUGUUACACAUGAGAGAAUUCACACAGGAGAGAAACCAUAUUCAUGUUCAGAAUGUCGGAAAUGUUUUACAGUGAAAUCACAUCUUGUUAAUCAUCAGAGAAGUCACACAGGAGAUAAAAUGUAUUCAUGUUCAGAAUGUGGGAAAUGUUUCACACAGAAAUCAUAUCUUGUUAUACAUGAGAGAAGUCACACAGGAGAGAAGCCAUAUUCAUGUUCAGAAUGUGGGAAAUGUUUUACGGAUAAAUCAAGUUUUGUUACACAUAAAAGAUGUCACACAGGAGAGAAGCCAUAUUCAUGUUUAAAAUGUGGGAAAUGUUUCACACAGAAAUCCAAUCUUGUUGCACAUGAGAGAAUUCACACUGGGGAAAAGCCGUAUUCAUGUUCAGAAUGUGGAAAAUGUUUUACACAGAAAUCCAAUCUUGUUAUACAUGAGAGAAUUCACACAGGGGAAAAGCCAUAUUUGUGUUCAGAAUGUGGGAAAUGUUUUUUAGAUAAAUCAAAUCUUCUAAAACAUGAGAUAAGUCACACAGGAGAGAAACCAUAUUCAUGUUCAGAAUGUGGGAAAUGUUUUAGACACAAAUCACAUCUUGUUAUACAUGAGAGAAGACACACAGGAGAGAAACCAUAUUCAUGUUCAGAAUGUGGGAAAUGUUUUACGGAUAAAUCAGGUCUUGUUAAACAUGUUAGAAGUCACACAGGAGAGAAGCCAUAUUCGUGUUCAGAAUGUGGGAAAUGUUUUACACAGAAAUCAAAUCUUGUUAAACACCAGAGGUUUCAUACAGGAGAGAGGCUGUAUUUAUGUUUACAAUGUGGGAAAUGUUUUGUGCAAAAAUCAGAUCUUGUUAGACAUGAGAGAAUUCACACUGGGGAAAAGCCGUAUUCAUGUUCAGAAUGUGGGAAAUGUUUUACGGAUAAAUCAGGUCUUGUUAAUCAUGAAAGACGUCACACAGGAAUGAAGCUGUAUUUGUGUUCAGAAUGUGGGAAAUGUUUUUUAGAUAAAUCAAGUCUUCUAAAACAUAAGAGGAAUCACACAUGAGAGAAGCUGCAUUCAGAAUGAGAAAAAUGUUUUUGCUUCUAAAGCCAUAAUUAGGGGUCAUUAGUGAAAUCACACAAGAGAGAAGCCAUGUGGCCACAAUAUAAGGAAACAAUAUAUCACUGGGUCAUAGACAUUAUUUUCAUUUCAGGUUGUAUAUUUGGAUAUAAAAGCUUAAUUGAUGUCACGGCUUCUAUAAAACAUCUGAUAAAUCCUGUUUAGGAAGAUAUUAGUGUUGAUCG